UUACCCAUGAUGCAAUGGUGCAAUGUCAGUUUGUAAGGAAAAGAAGUAAAAGGGGGCCUAAAAAUGCCGGGAAAAGUGGCCGCAAAUCCCCUUCCACCGAGCACAAAACAACCAGGACUCGCCCAGUCACUCCUCUACAGUGGGUCGCGGUUCCAAGGACACCAGAAGAGCAAGGGAAACCGCUACGACGUAGAAGUUGUAUUACAGCAUGUUGAUGAAGAAAGUGCUUUUCUAUGCGGCUACUUGAAAAUUAAAGGCUUAACUGAGGAAUAUCCAACCCUUACAACGUACUUUGAUGGGGAAAUCAUAGGAAGGAAGCAUCCAUUCUUAACAAGAAAAUGGGAUGCAGAUGAAGAUGUUGACAAGAAGCACUGGAGCAAGUUCUUAGCAUUCUACCAGUUCGCCAAGACGUUCAAUUCUGACACCUUUGACUACAGCCAGCUUGAUAACCUGGACUUUGUAUUUAUGAGAUGGAAGGAACAAUUUCUGGUCCCUGAUCAUAAGAUCCGCGAUAUCAAUGGGGCAUCCUUUGCGGGGUUCUACUACAUCUGUCUGCAAAAAUCGGCAGCCACAGUUGAGGGGUAUUACUACCAUCGCAGCUCAGAAUGGUUCCAGUCCCUUAAUUUGACUCAUGUCCCUGACCACAGUCAACCCAUCUAUGAGUUUAGAUAACGAAAGCUACACGUAGUAUCCCUAAAAUGCCAUUGAUGAUGGCCAAUAGUGGUGUCGCUUCCUUUGCACACACAAAUAUCAAAUGAGAAAAUGGACACUCAUUUAAACCUCACACAAUGGAUGUAAGCAUCACCAACCUGUGGAGAAUAUGAAAUUCUAGUGGUUUGAUUAUUACAAUACAAAAUUGUAUUUAGGUUGCAAAUAUUAUACUGUUAGAGAACAACUAAAAGAAAUGUAUGAAUAUAUUUAAGGCACAGGUUGAAAUAGAUAAAGCUCACCUGCAAAAGAACGAAAAUAGAACUAGCAGAAAGUAGGACUCAAAAACCAGGUGGAAUGCUUUGAUGGUACGAGUGAUGUCACUAGUCUAUUGUCUUGUGUCCGGUGUUUUUAGAGAAUAAAAAAUGGCCUGGCAUUCUUAGGCUUGUAAUAAGAAAACAACUAUAUUGCAUUUAUUGCAAAUAUUAACAACAGAAUAAGUUGUCAUUAUAACAAAAAUUCAUGUUAGAUAUGUACCACCAGGAAAUGAAAGUUUGAUGAAAAUUAGAAAAAAAGUAAAACUACUGCAUUUAAGUGGAUUGCAUUAUUAUGGAUCUCAGUUUUUUUACAUACCAUGCAUUUGAUUGAGUCAAGUCAAAUUAUUAGGACAUUGUAGCAAGUAAAAUGCUUUAAUUGCAAAAGAUUCAAUUCUAUUGCUUCAGCUAUAAUAACAUUUAUGUAUUUUGAUUCUUUUUCAAGUGGAUCUAUGAGCACCUAUCUUCUAGUGAAGAAAAUCAGCUAGCUUUUAGUGUAAAAAUGUAUUUUAUAUCAAGAGAGAAACAUCAAGGCAUAGAAUAAAAUGAUAUGAGUUUUUUUAAA